AUGGGGCAGCUCAUUUCAGGCACCAGACCCGUUCGAGUGUUUAAAGAUCAUAAAGAGAGCGUAACUGCAGUCGCAGUUUUUCCCGAUGGACGACGUAUGGUCAGCGCCUCGUUCCAGGAGAAGACACUUCGUCUGUGGAACUUGGAGACAGGUGUUCUGUUGAAGAAGAUGGAGGGACAUCGAGAUGGGAUCACUAGGGUAUGGGCAUUAGCUAUAUCACCAGAUGGGCGAUUAAUAGCAAGCGGUGAUGCCAACGGAGAGCUCAUCAUCUGGUGUGGAGAAACUGGGGAAUCCCUCACCGGAAUCAUCAGCGCCCAUCAGGAAUUCAAUGACCGUGGCAGUGUCAUCACCUCGUUAGACUUUUCUCCCAAUGGAACAGUGCUAGCCACUGGUUCAUGGGACUAUACGACAAAGUUGUGGAGCACAACUACGUGGCAGCAACAAGGAAAUCCAAUCGGCUGUGCUGCUCUUGUCAACUGUGUUCGGUAUUCCCCGUCCGGCGAACUUCUUGCGAUUGCAACACAGAGCAGUGUUAUCGAAAUUUAUAAUUCAGGCACUAGGGAAUGUGUUGCGAACUUUAAGGGUCACACAUCAUGGAGCUUCUCGCUCGCCUGGACGCCCGACGGCACUCGCCUUCUCUCGGGAGGAGAUAAUCUCGAUCGCACUAUACGGGAGUGGGAUGUGUCGACCUGGAACCAGAUUGAUGAUCCCUGGAUGGGCGGUGUGAGCACUGAGUCCAAUGCCAUUGCCAUUCAUCCAGGUGGCAUGCUUGUUGCUUCUCCAUCUGGAGAUAAAGUUUGCCUCUGGCGGCUCUCUGAUCGAAAAACAAUCGCCGUCUUCAAGCAUUCUGCUUCUUGCACAACCUUCUCUGUGGAUGGGAAAUACAUCUUCAGCGGAGGUGGUGAUAAUAAAAUAUCGCAGUGGGCAGUACCCAAAGACGCUUUGCCCGAGGACAUUUCGGAAUCAAAGAUCCUCGCCAUCAAACCGACCGCUCGCAAUGCAUGCAUCAUGGGGGACUUGCAUAUUGCUGAAGAGCUAUUCACGCAAGAGAUCAACGCCGACGCGGCCAACAACUACACCUCCUAUGCCAACCGCUCAUUCAUCAUGGCACGCAAACUCGAAUGGGAUCACGCGCUUCAAGAUGCAGUCGAGUCCAUCCGCAUACAGCCCACGUUAAUAGGCUUUAUUGCCAAGGGAAUUGCCCUCUGCGGAAAAAGGCAGAUACGAGACGCUAUGAAAGCAUUUGAUUUUGCGUUCACAUCGACGAACGGAGAUCCAAAGAAGAAUCAUUUACUUUUCUUGAUCAAGGCAGAAGCAAUUUUGCGCGUCGAAGAGCUAGCCAUCGAUUUUCCCGAUACCGAUCCUCUUGCUUGUCGUGUCGUGGAAGCGUAUCUCCGAGUUCAACUGGGAACUAUUGCCUUGGGUAGCAAGUGUCACCAGGAAGCUGUCGACAACUUUACUGCCGCUGUCAACGCUAGCGCUUUCUUUUCUGCAUGGCCAAUUCAUUCCAUGUACGAGGAAUUCACCGUGCUCUUCGGGUGGGACCUCGAGUCAUUGUGGCAAACCGCACACAAGCAACAGUGUCAUGCACUCAUUCAGGCAGGUAGACUUGGAGAAGCGCUCGAACCGUACCGGAAGUUGAUGGACGCAAGUGAUGAAGCUACCAAGGCCAGCUUACGUGCUUGGUUCUCUAGUCAACGUGACAUGUCAGGGGCUCCUGAUGCAGCAAAAUAUGCGUCCUACCUCGCUUUGAGAAGGCAGCAACCGACACCAACGCGGACUAUGGAAGGGCACACGGAAGCAGUGCGGGCAGCGGCGUUCUUCAAAGACGGUCGACGAGUCGUCACUUCUGCAAACGACGGAACUCUGCGAAUUUGGGACGUGGAGAAAGGAGAAUUAGUAGGAGAGCCCUUCGAGGGACACAGGAGCUGGGUGAGAUCAGUCUCCAUAUCGCCGGACAACAGUCGAAUUGCGAGCGGUUCAGAUGAUGAUACCAUCAUCAUCUGGGACUGUGGAGAGCAGGGAGAAAGUAUUCCACGCAGUGUUGAACUCUGCAUGCCGGGCUUGUCAACUGGCAUCAAGCCCUCGUUAUUGGGCUACGUCUCCAAGGGAAUCGCCCUCUGCGGCAAGGAGCAGCUUUGGGAGGCGAUGGAAGCUUUCGAUCUCGCUGUCAUAUUUUCGGAUCGUGAUCUAAUUACCGUCGAUCUUCUACUAUUGAUCAAGGCUGUUGCACUUUUCAAUUCUAAUCGCCAUGAUGAGGCAAUGCGGCGAGUUCAUAACCUCGCCAGCUCUUACCGAACACUUAGAUACGCUUCCUCAUAUCUACGUGUGCAGCUUGCAAUGAUUGUUUUCGAGGAUGGACGCUACGUCGAAGCCGCUGAUCAACUCACGACCUGUAUCGCCACUAUAACCGACUUGUUCCUUCGCACGACACCCUUUGAACCAAGGUUGACGAUAUUCACAGUGCUCUUUGGCUGGGACCUGGAUUCGUUAUGGCAAAUCGCCAACCAAAGACGGUGUGACGCAUUCCUCCGCGCCGAUCGCGUGACCGAAGCUGCCGAAUCUCAUCAAUAUAUGAUGCGCAUGAUUGACGAUGCUGCGAAGCCAAGCUGCCUCGAAUGGUCUACCGCCUUCAAGCACGAAUGCAUUGCGCGCUGUGUCACAAAGGGCAAUGAGGCCGCUGCUGCGAGUAAUUAUGACACCGCUGUUGAACUGCAAAUUUGGAACGAAACCUAUAUGUGGAAGCCCUUCACGACGCGGAGAAGGUUGUUGAACUCGAACCCUUCGUCUUAUAUCGGAUACGAAUUAAAGCAUGCAGCGCUUCACGGAGCACAACGUUAUGAUGAAGCAGUCAUGGCCUUCAAAACCAUGCUCUCGAAGUUGGCCAAUUCUCCAGAUGCGGAUAUACGAAAGCUGUGUCAGCAGUAUGUCAGUCCGUCAGAAGUAGAAGACACUUUUCGAAGAGCCAUUCAAGCACAACUGGAAAAUGCUCCACUUCGUCUACUCAACACCUUCACUGGGCAUGUGUGCAAUCGAGAGGCGCAGAUAAAUGCCUUCAUGGAAACCACAGAGUACAACAAGCUCUUUUAUUCAUCAAUGACGCAUGCGCCCCUCCAGACGAAGCCUAUCAAAGAAGCAGUAAGAGACGUACUUCCAAUGGGUCAUGUUAUCGCAUAG